UUAACGCGCGACAGACAUAUCAAUCGGGUCUUGGCUUGUGGUUUCAGAUUGUUUCCAUCCCAUCAAACAAGUAAGGAACAGAAAGUAGCCUUCUGCUGAAAUGGACACCGCCAAUCAGCUCGCUUCUGGGGGGACAUUUCAAGUGCUAAAAUUACCUCUGGGAUUUAUCCGUGUUUUGGAAUGGCUUUUUGCCAUUUUUGCCUUCGCGACAUGUGGGGGCUACUCGGGGCAGCUGCGGGUUAGCGUGGACUGCGUGGAGAAGGGCAGCAGCAACCUCAGCAUCGGCAUCGACUUUGCUUAUCCUUUCAGGUUGUACCAGGUGUCGUUUGAAGCGCCCGCGUGUGAGGGCAUGAGGAGGGAGCGCGUCUUCCUCAUUGGAGACUAUUCAUCCUCCGCAGAGUUCUUCGUCACCAUUGCCGUCUUUGCCUUCCUGUAUUCCCUGAUGGCCACCAUUGUCUACAUCUUUUUCCAGAACAAAUACCGCGAAAACAGUCGAGCCCCGCUCAUUGACUUCGUAGUGACCGUGGUGUUCUCCUUCAUGUGGCUGGUCAGUUCCUCCGCUUGGGCAAAAGCUCUGUCUGAUGUGAAAGUGGCCACUGAUCCCGAUGAGGUGCAGCUCCUCAUCUCUGCCUGCAAAGUCCAGACCAACAGGUGUGGCUCUGUGCACGGAUCGCGCUGGUCCGGACUCAACACCUCAGUGGCUUUUGGGUUUCUCAACUUUGUUCUAUGGGCUGGAAAUAUCUGGUUUGUCUUUAAGGAGACCGUUUGGCACAAGGGUGCUUCUAGGUUGGCAGGCGGGCCGUCUGAGAAACAGGCCAGCACCUUUGACCAGCAGCCCUACAACCAGGGAAGCUUUGACCAGUCAGGAAGCUCUAACACCCAGGGAAACCUCGGCCCACCGUCUGAGUACAGCCAGGUGGGAGGGCCCACCUCAUAUACCAAUCAAAUGUAGCCGUGCCUUUUCGUUUCAUGAGUGGCAUUUCUGCAUUUCAAACCAGGGCAAUCAGAGGGUGAUAGGAGAGGAGGAAAGUCGAGUUAACUUUCCCUGUCUGCUCAGUUUAUCAUCAAUCUGUAAGUGCAAAAACAACAAAAUCAAAAAAGAUGGUGUCAAAGGUGUUAAAGUGCACCCACUGUAAAUACAAGUAUUGUUGGGUAUUGUACAAAAUGAUUAGAUAUAGUCUUUUACUCCUUCUGUUUCAGAGGUGUUUGCUGAAUGUUGUAUUUCUUGUAGUUGGAAAAACAUUCGUGACAGUUUCUCUCUCUGUGCUUGGUUGUUGACAUUCACCGUUUGACUGGAUGUCUUUUUCAAACCGGUUUGAACUUUGUGGUGGAAGGAAAAAGUGCUCUAUGUUUGUAUCAUUCUUCACGUUUUCAAGUGCAUGAUGUUGUAUGUGUGCUAAUAUGCGCUCUGUGACACUAGUAAAAAAGCAACAACAUGCAUUUUAUCUCUGAAAGUUUACAAAUUCACACUGAGUCAUUACUCAAAGUUUAUUUUGAUCAGUAUUAUUACUUUUUUUUUAGUAUUUUGAUAAUGGGCAUUUCUAAUUCAGGUAUAGAUUCAGAAAAUGAUUUAGGGACAGUUCUCCGUUCCAUUUGUUACAAACACAUUUCAACAUGUCUGAGAUUGGUUUUUGAUAACAUCAGAAAGACUAAAAAAACCUAAAGCAAUAACUGCAUAGUGAAAAAUACACUAUACAGGGUUUGUGAACAAACAAAGUACAGUGCAGCGUGUUAUUUGUUUUCAUGGUUUUCAUUUUUUUAGUUGCAUCUGCUAUCACAUCUCAUUUUAUUUGAAUAAUGAGA